AUGUCGUCGUCAAUUGCUCCAGCAAACUCCAGACUCAACACCAAGAUGGCUGCCUCGAAAGAUGCAAAGUCCAAUACUUCAAAGAUGCACCGUCGUUCGCGCACAGGCUGUUACACUUGCCGUUUGCGCCGAAAGAAGUGUGACGAGGGAAAGCCAGGUUGCAAGGCAUGCAAUCACUUGGGUGUCUCAUGUGUUUACAAGCGUCCCAUGUGGUGGAGCAAUACUACCAAGCGAGCAGAGCAGAAAGAAAUGGUCAAAGAGAGGAUCAAGUUGACGCAAACUGCCAAAAAGACAAAAGAUGCAAGCACGCCGCCUCCAAGCCUUUGCAAAACCGAGACUUUCUCCGACUCGAAACCUUCAUCACGAACACCGUCUGUCUGCACGCCACAUGCUCCCGAGAUCAGCUUCAAACAAGUCUCACCGGAAGGUUAUUUCGCUCUACCUCCACCAGAGAUACUCAUGUCUCACCCACCGUAUCCCAUGCUCUCUCCUUACGAGGUCGAUAUCAAAACUGAGCGCCAAAUCUUCAUCAAUGACGUUCCGACUCGACGAGACUCGACGAUCUCAACAUUUAGCACCUUUCAGCCACCACCAAUGGGAUCAAGCUGUCAUGGCUUUGCUCCGGAGACUUGGGUUCAGCAAGACUAUUACGAGAUGCAGCAAGAGUCUUUUACGGAAGAGCCUGUCAACUUCGACUUCUUCGACCUGCCACAUGAGAAACCCGCACCGAAUCACGAGACCGUCAUCGAGGUAGACGAAGCCGACAAACCUUUGCUCAAUCACUUUAUCCAAAAGGUUUCAAAGCUCAUCUUCCCCAUUCUUGAUGCCAACCAGCACAGCUCCACUCGCUCGGACAUCAUCUUGCCUGCGCUUGAGACGAACAAGAGUUAUCUGCACUGUUGCCUGAGCGUUUCCGGGCUUCACAAGAAGUCUACUGAAGACGUGCCCUCGGAGGAGAUUGACGAGCACAUUCUACGACAUCGUUAUGCAGCGAUAUCUGAGCUAUGUGCCGCGUUGAACGAAGACAAGAACCAUGCUCAGAUUUUGGAAGCUACUCUUGGCAUGAUCUUCUUCCAAUGUUCUGUAGGCCGACCAACAGACUCAAUCCCCGACAUCCCUUGGCACCAACACUUCCAGGCUGCUGCUGAUCUUGUCGAUCGACUUGAGCUUCCGACUACCGUCAUCGGUGCCAUGCAGUUUCGUGAUGUCUCGCGUCCUCCCUUCAACAUGGCUCUCACAGCUUGGAUUGACAUCCUUGGAGCAACCAUGCUUGGACGUUACCCAAGGUUUGCCGAUACUUAUCGCGACCUCAACAUCGGCAAGGGUAGCGCUGGACUGUCAGAGCUCAUGGGCUGCGACGACAACAUCAUGUUCCUCAUCUCGGAGAUUGCAUGUCUCGAAGCUCACAAGCUGGAAGGCAUGGAUGAUCUCGUGCUGUGCGACUACGUCAAGAUCCUCGGUCACAGUAUUGGCUAUUGCGAGCCAGGACCUGGUGCAGUGAAAAGUGCUUUCUCAGGCACCGGGGCCAUCAAACCCAAACAGCUCAGCAUCAAUGUGACGGCUGCCUUUAUGUAUGCGGCUCGCAUCUACCUUUGCUCUCUUGUGCCCGGCUUCCGACUCGACGAUCACAAUGUGACCAGCUUGGUCAAUGCUUUCUGUAAUGUCAUGGAGUACAUUCCGGCUGGACCGGAAGGACAUGAUCGCUCAUUGGUGUGGCCACUGCUCGUGGUCGGCUCGGUGUCGUUGCCCACAUCAACGUUCCGCAGCAUGUUUGAAGAGCGCUGUCUACGACUUGGAGAAGCGGCCAACUUUGGGUCAUUCGGUCGUGUUCGUGAGCUCUUCAAGGAUGUAUGGAUGUUGGUCGACAGCGAGGCAGCAUUGGGAAGCUACCAAAGCGUCUCCUGGAGAGACGUGAUGAGACAGAAGGGAUGGGACUUCUUGUUGAUCUGA